AUGGGUGAUAGUGAUCGUCAUGUCAAAAUGGAAAUUGAUUAUUCAACUGUUGUUGAUCAAAAAUUGAAAGAAUGUGACGAAAUAAUGAAGGAUGGCAAACUGAGUGAAGCACUCGAACGAUUGUUACCAUUAGAAAAACAAACACGUACUGCAGCCGACGCAAUAUCAACUGGUCGGAUCUUAGUGGCUAUUGUAAAAUAUUGUUAUCAAGAAAAACAAUGGGAACUAUUAAAUGAACAUAUUGUCACACUAAGUAAGAGACGAAGUCAGUUAAAACAAGCAAUCACAAAAAUGGUACAGGAAGCCUAUACACUUCUCGAUCAAACACCGGAUUUGGAUACAAAAUUAAAAUUAAUCGAAACAUUAAGAACCGUGACAACGGGAAAGAUUUUUGUUGAAAAUGAGCGUGCUCGAUUAACAAAAAAAUUAGCUGAUAUUUAUGAAGAUCAAGGCAAAGUGAAAGAAGCUGCCGAAAUUUUGCAAGAAUUACAAGUUGAAACCUAUGGAACAAUGGAUCGCCGUGAAAAAGUUGAAUUUCUUCUUGAACAAAUGCGUCUGUGUUUAGCUAAACAGGAUUAUAUUCGUACACAAAUUAUCAGUAAAAAAAUUAAUACAAAAUCGUUUGAAGAUGAAGCAUCACACGAUUUGAAGCUUAAAUAUUAUGAAUUAAUGAUUCAAAUGGAUUUACAUGAUAAAAAUUAUUUUAAUGUCUGCCAACAUUAUAAGCAUUAUUAUGAUACUCCACGUGUACAAAAAGAUAAUGAAAAGAUGAAACAAGCAUUAAAAAAUGUUGUACUUUAUUUAUGUUUAUCACCGUAUAACAAUGAACAAUCAGAUUUCUUACAUCGAUUGGUUUUAGAUAAAAAUCUUGAACAAAUACCAAAAUAUAAAGAAUUACUACAACGUUUCAAAACUCAAGAGUUAAUACAUUGGAAAGAUGCAUUGAAAAAUUUUGAAAACGAUUUAAAACAAGGCACAAAAGAUGAUCCAGCAACAAAUGUAUUCACAAAUGAUGAUGAUGGUAAAAAAAGAUGGGAAGAUUUUAAAGUUCGAGUUGUUGAACAUAAUAUGCGAAUUAUGGCAAAAUAUUAUACACGUGUGAGAACGAAAAAAAUGGCUGAACUUUUGGAUUUAACAAAGGAGGAAGCUGAACAAUUUUUGUCAAAUUUGGUAUCAAAUAAAACUGUUGAUGCUAAAAUCGAUCGAUUAGAAGGAAUUGUUAAUUUUAAACAAAAGAAAUCACCACAAGAAAUUUUAAAUGAAUGGUCAAUUAAUUUAAAUUCAUUAAUGUUAUGUUUAAAUAAAACUUGUCAUUUGAUUAAUAAAGAAGAAACGGUACAUGCUGUUCGAAGCGAUGAACUUUUGAGUGAUUCAUAUCCAAUGAAACUUAUUGAUGACGUGUAUUACGAAGUUGAAGGAAAACAAAUAACAGUUUCGCAUGAUAUCGAUGACUCAUUGAUUGGAGGAAACAAAGUACCAGAAGGUUCUGAGGAAGAGGCAGGAGGAGUUGACGCAUCUCACACGUCAGGAAUUAAUGUUGUUCUCAAUCACAAACUUGUUGAAACACCGUUCGAUAAAGCUAGCUUUAAAGAUUGGAUUAAAACGUAUUCAAAACAAUUGAAAGAAUACUUACAAAACAAUUCACCUGAGCGUGUUCAACCAUUUCAAACCGGAAUGGCUAAAGUAGCAAAAGAAAUUUUAACAAAGUUUGAUGAAUACCGGUUUUAUCUGGGUGAAAAUAUGAAUAUUGAUGGCAUGGUGGUUUUACAGUAUUACAAAGAAGAUGGAUUAACACCUUAUUUCAUGUAUUUCAAAGAUGGUUUGAAUGAGAUCAAAUAUGUGAGUAUCUCCUACUAA